UGCAUGACCAAACCUGAGCUAAUCUUCAAGUUGGAGCAUGGACUUGGGCCAUGGGCAGUGGCAGAAGCCUCUAUCCAGAGCCUUCCAGGUAUUCAUAAAGUCAUUACCCCAACUGAGACCCACCGGGAAAAUCACAAGGGACAUUUGUGGCAAGUCGAAAUUGCCGACAACCAGACAUCAAGUGAGGAAAUUUUUGAAGCAGACCUGAAGUGGGCAGAGAAAAUCCGCCACGGGACAACAUCUUAUAAAGGUAAAGGAUGUGUGAAGAUAUUUUGCCAGCAGUCACAGCACACGAGGAGUCAGAUGAUUGACACAUGUAAGAAAAGUUUCAGUUACAUGUCACCUUUCAGUAACUGCCAGAGGCUUCUUAAAGAAGAGACACUGUAUACACGUAGACAGUGCAGGAAUACAUUCUCUUGGAACUCACACCUGGAGGAACAUCAGAGAAGUCAUAAAGGUAAGAAGCCCUGUGAAAGCUCAGCAUGUGGGAAAGCUUCUCACACCAGGUCUCAGCGUCAGAGCACUCAUACAGAUGAGAAGCCCUACAAAUGUUUAGAAUGUGGGAAAUAUUUCUACUAUAAAUCACAAAUCACUGAACACCAAAGAAGUCAUACAGGUGAGAAACCUUAUGAGUGUACAGAAUGUGGAAAAUCCUUCAGCUAUAAGUCCCAUCUCACUGUACAUCAGCGAAGUCAUACAGGGGAGAAGCCACAUGAAUGUACAGAAUGUAGGAAAGUUUUCUACUAUAAGUCACAACUCACUCGACACCAGAGAAGUCAUACAGGGGAGAAGCCCUAUGAAUGUAUGAAAUGUGGAAAAUCAUUCUACUGUAACACACAUCUUUCUCUACAUCAGAGAAUUCAUGUAAGUGAGAAACCCUAUGAGUGUGCAGAAUGUGGGAAAGCUUUCUCUUUCAGUGCAUGCCUCACUCGACAUCAGCGGACUCAUACAAACGAGAAGCCCUAUGAAUGUCCACAAUGCCCUAAAGCUUUCUACUUUAAGAAACAGCUUACUCAUCAUCAGAAAACUCACACUGCUGAGAAGCGCUUUGAAUGUAAACAGUGCGGUAAAGCAUUCUACUGGAGGUCUAACCUUGCUGUGCAUCAGAAAACUCAUACGGGUGAGAAACCCUUUGAAUGUAAACAGUGUGGAAAAGCAUUUUACUGCAAGUCCCACCUCACUGUGCAUCAGAGAACUCACAUAAGUGACAAGCUCUAUCAAUGCACAGAAUGUAGGAAAGCAUUCUACUCUCAGACACAGCUUGCUGUACAUCAGAGAACUCACACCGAUGAGAAGCCCUAUGAAUGUAAGCAAUGUGGGAAGACAUUCUACAGCAAGUCUGGACUUACUGCACAUCAGAAAACCCAUACAGGUGAGAAGCCCUAUGAGUGUAACCAGUGUGGAAAAGCAUUCUAUAACAAGUACUUGCUCAUUGAGCAUCAUCGAGUCCAUACAGGUGAGAAGCCCUAUCAGUGCACAGAAUGCAAGAAAGCAUUCUACUGUAAGAAAUAUCUUUCCCUACAUCAGAAAACGCACGCAAGUAAGAAGUCAUUUUAUUGUUCAGAGUGUGGGAAAGCUUUCUCCUGGAUGUCACACCUCACGCAACAUCAGAGAAUCCAUACAGGUGAGAAGCCCUAUGCAUGUGAACAGUGUAGAAAAGCUUACUACUUUAAAAAACAACUCACUCGACAUCAGAGAACUCAUACCCAUGAGAAGUCAUUAUCUGAGAAUAAUGCAGGAGAGUGUUUCACUGCAAAUGCAACCUCUCUGUGUAUGAAAGAACUCAUACAAGGGAGAAACCCUGUGAGUGUGCCAAAUGCAGAAAAUCUCCUUCAUGCCACACCUCACUCAGAGUCAGAUAAGAAAGACUAAGAAUAUAAAGAAUGUGUGAAAUCUUAUUCAAGUGCAUUAUCAGAAAGCUUGCAGGUGAGAAUCUGAUGAAUGUAAAAACUGGAAAAUUGCUAGUGUAAGCCAGCUGUUACUCAACCAGUGAACUGGAGGCUGUCAGUAGACAUUGUUGGAAGGCAUAGUACCACAUAUGCUGUUGUAAGAGAAGCCACACAUGGUAAUUUCUCCUAUUAAGUUAAAAAAAUAGAGAAAAGCUUCAUCAUUCUUCAAAUGAGUUGAGUAUAUUGUAGGUGAGUAACACUGAAUGUAAAGAAGAGAGGAAAGCUUUCUAACAUUAAGCCCCAUUAAUUCACACCUGAAAACUUGUGCAGGUGUGAGGUCCAGUGAAAUUAAUAAAAACAGACACAUGUUGAAACAGAAAUCUACAUUAGAAACUUCGUGUAUGAUAUGACAAGUAAGGAAUAAAAUCAUACUGUGGUAUAAUACCACUUGCUUUCUAUCCUAGAUCCUUGUACUGUGGGUUUACUGAGAGUCAGUGAUUGAAGACUAGCUUUAGCAACAUAGGUCGAUUCAUAUGAUCAAAAUCAUCAAAACCUUCUUGAAGUGCCCCAUCUCAUGUAAUGACACUGUAACCCAUGUGUUUAAAACCCUAAGAAUAUAAAGAGUGCAAAAACUUUUGAGGUGAAUUUGAAAUUCAUCUGGCACAGGAUUCCAAUGUGAAAGCAUACUUUUGUAGUCCAAGUGACUUUAUUACAAAGUUUCAUUAACAAUUCAUGGAUGUAAGGAUUCUCAAAAAGGCAUUCAGCCAUGCUUCCACAGUACCAGCCAUCAGAUAAUUUAUGAAGAUGAGAGCAGAUCUGACGUUUAAAAGUUAACUUGAUUUGAAUGUGGCUUAGUGGCAGGCAGUGUGCUCAUGAGUCUUGUGCUAUAUUCUACACUAGAAGUUUUUUUGUGUCAUCUUGAUUAAGUAUAUUUAUGUGCAUGGCUCAUUUGUAUAUCAGUUAAAAUCAUCCACAGUUUUAACGCUUCACCAGAUAUGAACUUUUUGAUUGUGUUUCCAUUUUUUAAUUGUUUCGUUUUGAGACAAGCUCUUGAUCUAUAGCUGCAUAUCCUCAGGCCUCUGCUUGUGCAUAGGUAUGAUCUCUUCUUUCUAGUCUUCUCUCGCUCUCUCACGCACACACAGAACAUGUACCAUUUUUAUACAUUAGAAAAUUGUAUAACAAAACAUGAGUAUAUGUAAUUUUCAUGUGAAUUUUCAAAUGUAAUUUUUAUUAAGUGUGCUAUCAGAAAUCAAAAUGUUAAACUAUAACCCAAUAAAGAAAUAUAAUGAUA